CUUCACACUCUCCCUCAGAAAACCCUAGCCUCCUCUUCUUCCUCUAUCUUCCCUCCCCAAAAAAACCCUAGCCUCCCCUCUCUCUCUCUCUCUCUGCUCCAGCCAUGGGUCGCGUUCGUACCAAGACCGUGAAGAAAUCAUCGAGGCAAGUGAUCGAACGCUACUACUCGAAGAUGACACUUGAUUUCCACACCAACAAGAAGAUCUUGGAAGAAGUUGCGAUCAUACCCUCCAAGCGCCUCCGCAACAAGAUUGCCGGCUUCUCCACCCACCUCAUGAAGCGGAUCCAGAAGGGUCCAGUUCGUGGGAUCUCCCUCAAGCUCCAGGAGGAGGAGAGAGAGCGUCGCAUGGACUUCGUCCCUGACGAAUCCGCCAUCAAAACUGACCACAUCGAGGUCGAUAAGGAGACAAUCGACCUCCUUGCUUCCCUUGGAAUGAGUGAAAUGCCUGGUGUUGUGCUUAAGGAAGAGAUCGGGGUCUCUGCGCCGGCGAUUCCGCCGUAUGGUGGUGGCCGUGGCGGUGGGUUCGGUGGCGGUGCUGGAAGGAGGUACUGAUGAGGCUGAAUGGUAAUGGGUUCUGCUUAGUUUGGGGUUUUUUGAUGUUGUCAGUAAUGGGUAUUGCGUAGUUUUGGUUUAAGAUGUGGAGUUUAUUGCUAUUUGGUUUAAUUUUCAUAAUGUUUGGAACAAUUUUGAUGUUAAGCACAUUUUGUUUUGGAUUAAAAAUGGAGUUUUUAUAGCUUUAUUUGGUUCCUUAUCCAUUUGAAAAUGGAGAUUAUGUCUUGA